AUGGCGAGUAUGGCUCCGGGUUUCCACCCAGCAAUGCAACAGCACCCUGGUGUUCACCCCGGCCAUCCUAUGGCCGCUCCGGGUAUGGCUCAUAACCCCAGCCAACCUGGCUCUCAGCCAGGUAUCCCACCCCAGAUGGCUGCUCACAUGGCUGCUUCCGGACCUGGCGGCCAGGUCAAUCCCGUUGCCAUGAUGGGAGGCAUGCCUCAAGGCGCUGGUCCUAAUGCUCACGCUCUUCAACAUCUCAACCCUCAAAUGUUCCAACAGACCUAUGGAAUGCAAAUGCAAGCAAACCCAAAUAUGAACCCCAGUAUGCUUGCCAUGCAGCAGCAGCGGUUUCUCCAACAGCAAAGGCAGCAGGCAGCCAUGCUCCAGCAAGCGCAACUGCAGAUGAACGGCGUCCCCACUCCCGUCGUGGGAAACAUGACACAGGCACAAUAUCAGCAGUUGAUGGCGAGGAACCAGGGCAUGCAACCGCGGAUACCGGGUCAUCUGGCACAGGGGCACAUUCCACAAGGAGCUGGCCAUCCAGGAGCUCAGCAACAACAACAUAUCGCACUUCAACAAGCACUGCAACAGCAGCAGCAGCAGCAACAACACCAGCACCAAGCUGCCCAGCAGGCUGCGAACAAUGCUAUGCAUCAAGGAGGCCAGCCAGGCCAUCCCGGCCAUAUGACAGCACAUCAACUCCAAACAAUGCAGCAGCAACAGCAGCAGCAGCAGCAGCAAAACCAGCUUGCGCAAUCUAUGGCACAGCAGAUGCCCGCCACAGUUGCUCAAAACCAACAACCUCCACCUCAACCACAGCCUCAGCCUCAACCCCAACCCCAACAACCUCAAGGGCAACCGCAACCACCUCAGCAACCACCUCAGCCGCAACAGCAGGGGCAGCCGCAACAGAACCAGCACCAACCUCAGCAAGCGCCUGCUGGUGCGCAAGGUCCCCAAAGAGCAGCUACACCUGCCAGUACUCAACCAAACCAACCCCAGACCCAAGGUCCAACUGCGCCUCAGGUCAACCCCCCUCAACAACCGCAACAACCUCAACCUCAGCCACAGGCACAACCGAACCAGCCCGCAAAUCAACCACAACAGCAACCCACCGCACAGCUACUUCAAGCACAUCAGCAGCAGCAGCUUGCUUAUUCCCAGAUGCAACAGGCCCAACAGCAUAAGAAUGAGAGCAUGAUGAAGGGCCAAUGCCUGCUCAAGUUAAUGCAGUUUAGCGAGCACUUGAGUAAUUUCCCGGGUACCAAGGGUAAAGAUGAUGUAUAUUAUUGGCAGGUGUUUGUAGAUCGGUUUUUCUCACGUAACAGCGUCUUCCGACUAUCUCUCCCGGUUACUGGGUCUGAUCCCUCGAACGAAGAACACGGGCCUGACAAGCAAUAUGAAAUAGUGCAAUCAGCACUCCCCAGAUAUUUUUACACGCAUUUUCAAAGUGGUAUCCGCCAAAUACAAUUAACAUUCGAAAAGGGCACAUCGGACAGGCAACUCUCCAACGGUUGUCACUUCCUCGAGAACCCUAGGGCCAGCUUGAUAUACUGGUUUGAAAAUUCUCAUGUUAUUGCAACUGGGCAGCUCAAAGCACAAUUUGAUGGUGAACAGAAACUGGAUAUGUUAGAGUUCAACAUAGCUGGUCAUGAGGAAUAUGUAUCGAGAAAGAUGGUCAUCAACGCCGCUAGACCGACACAUCUCUGGGCGAAAGAAUGGAAAAAGGUUAAUGGUCAAGAUGCCAAUGGUUCACCCGAGAUGAACAAAAAGGGCAAGUCAAAACAGAUGAAGUCGCCGCCGAACCCGCCUCCCGAUUUCGUAAUACCCCAUUCCGCUGUCAAGGGAAACAUGGGCAUCACAGAACCUGUCUUCCAAUUUCUCGAGAUUGUGGAAGUCAUGGGCCAGAUGAGCCCGCUGUUCGACUUUUACCAGACACAUUUAACACUAUCUCCCUACCAAGCCCUUGAACAAUUUGUGAGCACCAAGUGUACAAACGCUCCACAGCAAGCAAUGAUGAAUGGGCAUCCCGCAGGCAAUGCCCCACCAAGUCAGCGAACGCCGAGCUUCAGUCAGUUUCCUUUGGGUGCUUCGCCGGCUGCAUCACAUCUCCAGUUACCCAAUUCCCCCCAUAUGGGAAGUCCUGCUCAGGGUCAUAUGCAAGCACCUGGCAUGCAACUCCAGCAAAGUCAGCAAGGUACAAGCUCCAGCGGGCCCAGUGCCAAUACUAGUCCGGCGAGUAACAAACGAAGGAGGCCAUCGACAGUAAAAGCAGAGGAGGAAAGCGGAGCUCCCACGCCGGCUAGCCUAGGCGCUCCUCAAGUCAACGGCGUAGGCAAAACCAAGAACCCGCCUACGCCUCGUAUGGCGCAUAAUAAACGCCAGAAAACGAACGCAUCAUAG